GAGAGAGAGAGAGAGAGCUGCCUGAAUAUCCUCCAGGAAGGGAGGAAAGAGGGGAGGAUAGAGCCCUUUUUCCUUGUGACUGCUGUUUCCUGAAUCUGUGGGAGGAAGUCAGGCUGUGACGACCACCCUGCGCUCGUGUCCGGGAAGGUGCUGAGGAUGCCCGGGUUGGCGUGAGGUUCCAGACAGCCUGACAUCCAGAGUUCCCAGGAUGCAGAACCUGCGACAGGCGGCCACGGAGGCGUUCCAUCGCCUAGGUCUAAAACAGAGACACCUGGGAUAUGAAGAGCUCAGUGACCUGGAGGACACCACCUACUCCUCAGAGCCCCAGCCUCAUUGGUUCCACACACUGCAGGUCCGCCGGUUACGGGUUCAAAGGUCACGGAGCAACAGUGACCCUCUCGGCGGAAAGAGUUUCGAGCAGGAGUUCCAAUGGAAAACAGGUCUUCAGUUCGGCACAGCAACCUCUUAUCUGAAUCUAGAGAAACUUGGAGAAGGAGCAUACGCCACUGUGUACAAGGGAAUAAGCAGGAUAAACGGUCACCUGGUCGCCCUGAAGGUGAUCCGCAUGAAGACGGAGGAGGGGGUCCCCUUCACGGCCAUUCGGGAAGCCUCGCUGCUCAAAGGCCUGAAGCACGCCAACAUCGUCCUGCUGCACGACAUCAUCCACACGCGAGAGUCGCUCACCUUCGUCUUCGAGUACGUGCAAACAGACCUCGCCCAGUAUAUGACCCAACAUCCUGGGGGGCUACACUCCCAUAACGUCAGGAUCUUCAUGUUCCAGCUGCUGAGAGGCCUGUCGUACAUCCACGGCCGUAGGAUCCUGCACCGUGACCUGAAGCCCCAGAACCUGCUCAUCAGCUACCUGGGGGAGCUCAAGCUGGCCGACUUCGGUCUGGCCCGGUCCAAGUCCAUCCCCAGCCAGACCUACUCCUCAGAGGUGGUGACGCUGUGGUACCGCCCACCUGACGUGCUUCUGGGAUCCACCGACUACUCCACAGCCCUUGACAUCUGGGGUGCGGGCUGCAUUUUCAUCGAGAUGCUCCAGGGGGCGCCAGCAUUUCCCGGUGUGACAGAUGUCUUCGAGCAGCUGCAGAAGAUAUGGGCGGUCCUGGGAGUCCCUACAGAGGAGACCUGGCCAGGAGUCAGCGAGCUGCCCAACUUCAAACCAGAAUGGUUCCUUCCCUGUGAACCCCAGCUGUUCCGGAAUGUGUGGAAAAGACUGGGGCAGCUUCCCUACAAGACAGAGGAUUUGGCGGUGCAGAUGCUAAGGGCCGCCCCUCGGGACCGUAUCUCUGCCCAGGACGCCCUGCAGCAUGCCUACUUCAACACCCUGCCACCUCCUCUCAUGCACCUGCGUGACACGGUGUCGGUCUUCAAGGUCCCCGGAGUGAGGUUAGAGGCGGAGGCCCGGGACAUCUUCAGCCCUGGCCGACGCGUCAGACCGUCCCUCACCCCACUCACCAAGUGCUGGUGACGCCCCUCCUCCGCCCCACCCGACCCCGCGCAACCUAACUUGGACUGACCACACGGCAGGGGCCACACACACCAUCAGCAUCCUCCAUAUGCCUGUCAGAGUCCCAGUGGAGGCCUAGGCCCACCCCCCAUCCCUGCCCCGGCCAAUCAGAACCGAUGAAGGCACAAGGGACAUCCAAGGAUUGUGUUGUAGCUGUUUGAAGAAGUCCCUCAGGUUCUUCCUUCCUGGAGAACCACCCAUGUGUGCCCCACCAUGCUUUUGGCAGCCCUUGCAGUUGUUACUGGGAGAGAAACUGAAGCUGUGUGAUUUUCAAACUUUUUUUUUAGACAUAACUGAGCAAAAGCCUUCCUUUAUCCACCCCAAACCCCUGACAUCAUGCUCAGGUCUCUUAAAAUGACAACUGCAUGGCCUGUUUAAUUUAUAAAACCUUUCCUCCUUUGAGUCUCUCUCGGGCUUGUUGGUUUUUACUCCUUAUCCAUUCAAUUGUACUUUUGAGACUGACAGACAAUAUAUGUAGAAAGACUAUAUUAUUUUUUACCUCAUACACCUCUAUUGUUAAUAAUAUUCAUCUGAUAACAUACAUGCCAAGUGAUCAUUGUAUCACAUAGCAUGUCUAUACACAGGAGAGGGUUAAAAAGACAUGUUCUGGAUGAUUGUUAUUGCUGUAAUAUUUGUCAGCACACAUUGCCAAUAACAGCUUUAUAUGUUAUUAACAGUAAUUUAUAACUAGAAGUAGAACCGUAACAUGCUCAUAAUGAAAUACGUGGAAUCCAGGGUCCCCUGAUCUAAGAGACACCUGAUCCAAAGAUUCUUGAAAUUCAAGGUGGAAAUCCUAGCUGUUGCUUCCUGCUUCUCCAUUAAGGCUGCAAAACAAGGCUUCCUAUUGGUUGAUGCUGUAAGGAUGUGCAGUUCUAGUGGUGGGUGGGAGCAGGCAGUCCCCAGCAUUCCUCCAAUCACUGAGCAGUACAGCACUUACAUUCACAAUAUUCUGGCAUAGCAUGUAGUGAGGAGCCACAUGUGGAAGUGCCAUUUUUAUAAUAGUGAGAUUGCCAUCUUGUCGAUAAAAGUCUUUGCCUGUCUCGCGUCUUGUGACCAGAGCACCCGAGUAUGCGGGUGACUCCGCCUCUGCAUGCUGACAUCAUAAUGCACGCCCCUGCAUAACUACACCCAGCCUGUGUGUCACUGUAAGCCAAGGGACCAGAGAGAGGUGACCUUAGUCCUUGUGUGUUGUCCUUAGUGCUACUGAUGUUGGUCAAUGAAAGUGCAAUGUAGCCUGUGUUGACACUUGAUCAACGGUAACAAGGACAGUGAGUGUGUGUUAGUAAUGUGACUAAUGAUUCAAACUGUUACCAAUAAAAUAAGUAUAGCAAAUGAAUGAAACAUGUCCGUGAGGGCCGUCCAGCAUGUUUUUACGAAUGGGCGGUGACAUCUUUCUGUUCC